GCUGGGUGCUGGCCUGUUACGAGAUUCCUGGGUUCCUUCCAGGCCUCCUACUCCCCCUCUCGAUCCGGACUCUCCCUCGUCUCGCCCUCUCCAACGCCGCCGGCCGCCGCCUCUCCCCCGUCCCUCUCUCGUCUCUCCCUCUCCGAUGGCGUGGUAGACCUAGCGGAGAGGGGACGGCAGCGGGGAGGCACGAGCGGCUGCGGCGGCUUCUACGGCGGGUUAGCAGUGGGCUAGCAGCGGCUGCGGCGGUGCAGAGAGUGCUGUAUACCAGGUAACAAUCAUGAAGGUCAAAAUUCUUCAGUGGCAUGCGGUGGCUUCUUGGACAUGGGACGCACAGGAUGAGACAUGUGGCAUAUGCAGGAUGGCUUUUGACGGCUGCUGCCCUGACUGUAAGUUCCCUGGUGAUGAGUGCCCAAUCAUUUGGGGUGCCUGCAACCAUGCUUUCCAUCUUCACUGCAUACUCAAGUGGGUCAAUUCUCAAACAUCAACCGCCCUUUGCCCUAUGUGCCGUAGGGAGUGGCAGUUCAAGGGCUAAGGACAUCUCAAACUGUGUCAGUACCAAGCAUUUUCAUAUCUCAUAGAGAACUAGAAUGGAUCUUUAACAGGAAUGUAGUUGUGUUGUCUUGUAAGUGGUUGUCAUACUUUCUGGAAAUCAGGAUGAUUGGCAUCUUUUAAGCGAAACUGUGAGACAUUGAGCCACAGCUGUUGUGCCUUUUCAAGUUGUGACCAUGCAAAUGCAAUGAUUGACUUUGAAA